ACCUUGCUGCGCAUGCGCCUUCAGUGACCCCGGCUUAAGGUGACGGCGCGAGCUGAGGCGGGGACCCUUGGCGCGGAGGCUGAGGGACCCGCCGCGGCGCUGUCGCCGGAGAGGGAGGGCACCGCUGCCGUCGGAAUUUACACGCUGGGUAUGCAAGAGGCUGCAUGUUUUUCGGACACUAGGAGAGCUGCGGUCGCACAGCCUACACGGCGGGAGGCGCUAGAGGACCCGGGGUGGACUCGGACGUGGGGUCAGGGAUCCUGGCAUUUAUUCCUGUCCGGACCUCCAGUUCAUGCUGCGGAGCGUGGCAGGCAUGGGGAGAUCGGCCGCCAGAGGGACGUGCGCCGGAGCCAAUCAGCGUGUGAAGCAGGGCGCUAUGUGGUUGGGGCCUCCGGUAACCUGUUUCCGCCCCGGAGUGGCUGGCCGGGUCAUUGCCACCGCGGGUUCCCAGGGCUCCCCAGGUCUCUGGCAUCCUCACAUAGCCCUGCCAGAAGCCAAGGAGCGUGACUGUGGGAUCCACGACAUCACAUCGCUGUCCCCACUGAGCCAGGGCAGCGCCAACACCAGCUCAGACAAGGACGGAACCGCUGGACUCCAGGUUGCUUGCCUGGGAGUAGGAGAAAUCCACCUGCUGGGGGCUGAGCGUGGCCUGAGGGACAGGCCCUGGGUCCAGGGAUGCCCCUGCCUGAGCCCAGCGAGCAGGAGGGCGAGAGUGUGAAGGCCGGCCAGGAGCCAUCCCCCGAGCCAGGCACAGAAGUCGUCCCGGCAGCCCCCAGGAAGCCCAGAAAGUUCUCCAAACUGGUCCUGCUCACAGCCUCCAAAGACAGCACCAAGGUGGCGGGGGCCAAACGCAAGGGCGUGCACUGUGUCAUGUCCUUGGGGGUGCCCGGCCCCGCCACCCUUGCCAAGGCCCUCCUCCAGAUCCACCCCGAGGCCCAGCGAGCCAUUGAGGCAGCCCCUCAAGAGCCUGAGCAGAAACGCAGGAGGCAGGACCCAGGCGCAGACAGAACAGAAGACAGUGGAUUAGCAGCGGGGCCUCCUGAGGCUGCUGGGGAGAACUCCGCCCCCUGCCCUGUGGCACCUGGCAAGUCCCUGUAACCUUGACAACAGUGCAUCCUCCCAGGCCACCAAUCCAGCCAUAGGCUCUUCUCUGUCCGCAGGGCUUCUGGGGCCCAAUCGGUGAAUCUUUGCGUUCAACAUUGUGUAAUUUCUUUCUUUCUUUUCUUUUUAGAACAAGUAUAAGUUACUUUUGUAAGCAGAAAAGUACUUUCAAACAAGAAUAAAAUAAGCUGUUUGCUAGACCCCAUAAUGGGCAGGUUUUAAA